CGCUGUGACUGGAAUGAGGGGCGAUCGGCCAAAGCCAGAGUAGUGAAGGAGGGAGCGUGAGAGGGGAAGGAGUGAGAAGGGGGGAGAAGGAGGGUAAGGGAGAGAGAGUGUGAGGUAGUUGCUUAACAGGAGGGCGAGAAGGAGGGGGUUGGAAGAGCAAUAUAUUCUCCGGGAUCACCCCCGAGGAGUGGCGAUCGAGGAGGAGGUCGGGCCGUCCCUUGCCGUGAGCCGGACAGGCAGCGCCAUGCAACAGCCGCAGCAACAGUACGACUUGUUCAGCGAGGACAAUGCGCCUAAAUGGCGGGGUCUGCUGGUCGCCGCUCUGCGCAAGGUUCAACAACAAGUACAUCCCAAACUUAAAUCGACUGAGGAUGCCUUGCAGUAUAUUGAAGAGCUAAUCCUACAGUUACUAAGCAUGCUCUGUCUAGUACAGCCUCGCAGUGUUGCAGAUGUAGAGGAACGGGUACAGAAAUCGUUUCCACAUCCGAUUGACAAGUGGGCCAUAGCAGAUGCUCAAUCUGCCAUAGAAAAACGCAAACGCAGGAGUCCCCUUUUGUUGCCUGUCGAUAAGAUUCACCCUCUUCUGAAGGAGGUGCUUGGAUACAAAGUUGACCAUCAAGUUUCUGUUUACAUCGUUGCAGUGUUAGAAUACAUAUCUGCCGACAUCCUUAAGCUGGCAGGCAAUUAUGUGCGCAAUAUACGGCACUAUGAAAUCACCCAACAGGACAUUAAAGUAGCAAUGUGUGCUGAUAAGGUACUAAUGGAUAUGUUCCAUCAGGAUGAGGAAGACUUAGGUGUGAUAGAAGAAGAGCCCAUUAACACUGGUGAACAAGCGUAUUAUGAUUUAGUGAAGAUGUACAUGUCCGAGAUUCGGCAAUAUCUAAGAGAAUUGAAUCUCAUCAUCAAAGUCUUCAGGGAACCCUUUGUAUCAGAUGCAAAGCUGUUUUCUUCAAACGAUGUAGAAACCAUUUUUAGCCGUAUUGCGGAUAUCCACGAGUUGACAGUAAAACUAUUGGGCCUAAUUGAGGAUACUGUGGAAAUGACAGAUGAAGGGAGCCCACAUCCCUUAGUGGGAAGCUGCUUUGAAGACUUAGCUGAGGAGUUAGCAUUUGAUCCGUAUGAAAACUAUGCGCAGGACAUACUGCGACCUGGUUUUCAUGACCAUUUCCUCAGCCUUCUGUCAAAGCCUGGUGCUGCAUUCUAUUUGCAGUCAAUUGGUGAAGGUUUCAAAGAAGCCGUGCAGUAUGUUCUUCCUAGACUGUUACUGGCACCAGUUUACCAUUGUUUGCAUUAUUUUGAACUUCUAAAGCAAUUAGAAGAGAAAAGUGACAAUGAAGAAGACAAAGAAUGCUUAAAGCAAGCCAUAACUGCAUUGCUUAACUUGCAGAGCAGUAUGGAAAGGAUUUGUUCAAAAAGUCUUGCAAAGAGAAGGCUGAGCGAGUCUGCCUGUCGCUUUUAUAAUCAACAAAUGAAAAGCAAACACCUGGCAAUUAAGAAAAUGAAUGAAAUCCAGAAAAACAUUGACGGCUGGGAAGGCAAGGAUAUUGGACAGUGCUGCAAUGAAUUUAUCAUGGAAGGCACAUUGACACGUGUGGGGGCAAAACAUGAAAGACACAUCUUCCUAUUUGACGGAUUGAUGAUUUGCUGUAAAUCAAAUCAUGGUCAGCCUAGAUUACCUGGUGGGAAUUGCGCUGAAUAUCGUCUCAAAGAGAAGUUUUUCAUGCGGAAGGUACAAAUCAAUGAUAAGGAUGACACCAAUGAGUACAAACAUGCCUUUGAAAUUAUCUUGAAGGAUGAAAACAGUGUAAUAUUUGCUGCCAAAUCCGCAGAGGAGAAGAAUAACUGGAUGGCAGCUUUAAUUUCCUUACAAUAUCGGAGUACACUGGAGCGGAUGUUGGAUGCCACUAUGCUGCAAGAGGAAAAAGAGGAGCCACUUAGACUCCCAAGUCCUGAGGUGUACAGAUUUGCUGAACCAGACUCUGAGGAGAACAUUGUAUUUGAGGAGAACGUACAUUCUAAAUCAGGAAUUCCCAUUAUCAAAGCUGGAACAGUUAUCAAACUGAUCGAGCGACUAACUUACCAUAUGUAUGCAGAUCCAAACUUUGUUAGGACAUUUCUCACAACGUAUCGUUCCUUCUGCAAACCUCAGGAGUUGCUUAGCCUUUUAAUUGAAAGAUUUGAAAUUCCAGAACCCGAGCCUACUGAAGCUGAUCGGAAAGCUUUGGAACAUGGUGACCAACCUCUUAGUGCAGAAUUAAAAAGAUUUAGGAAAGAAUACGUUCAACCUGUGCAGCUUAGAGUUUUGAAUGUUUGUCGACACUGGGUGGAACAUCACUUCUAUGACUUUGAAAGAGAUGCAGAGUUGUUAUAUCGUCUAGAAGAAUUCAUUGGGACAGUUAGAGGUAAAGCCAUGAAAAAAUGGGUUGAAUCUAUCAGUAAAAUAAUUCUGCGGAAAAAACAGGCACAAGCAAAUGGACCGUCGCACGCUAUUACAUUUCAAAGUUCACCCCCAUCUAUUGAAUGGCACAUAAGUAAAAUUGGUCAAAUUGAAGCAUUUGACUUGCUAACUUUGCAUCCAAUAGAAAUUGCAAGACAGUUAACAUUAUUAGAAUCUGAUCUUUACAGAGCUGUUCAGCCAUCAGAACUAGUAGGAAGUGUGUGGACAAAGGAUGACAAAGAAAUCAACUCUUCAAAUCUCCUGAAGAUGAUACGACACACUACCAAUCUCACUUUAUGGUUUGAAAAGUGCAUAGUAGAAACUGAAAAUUUGGAGGAACGAAUAGCAGUUGUCAGUCGAAUAAUCGAGAUCCUACAGGUUUUCCAGGAACUAAACAAUUUUAAUGGUGUGCUGGAGGUGGUUAGCGCCAUGAAUUCAUCUCCUGUCUAUCGGCUGGAUCACACGUUUGAGCAAAUACCAAGUCGGCAAAAGAAAAUUUUGGAGGAGGCUCACGAAUUGAGUGAAGAUCACUAUAAAAAGUAUUUGGCUAAACUCCGAUCCAUUAACCCUCCAUGUGUGCCUUUCUUUGGAAUAUAUUUGACAAACAUUUUGAAGACAGAGGAAGGUAAUCCUGAUUUCCUAAAGAGACACGGUAGAGAGUUGAUAAAUUUCAGUAAGAGGAGGAAGGUUGCUGAAAUCACAGGAGAGAUUCAGCAAUACCAGAACCAGCCGUACUGCUUACGGGUUGAGCAAGAGAUUAAGAAGUUUUUUGAAAAUCUAAAUCCAAUGGGAAACGCGUUGGAGAAAGAAUUUACAGAUUACUUGUUCAAUAAGUCUUUGGAAAUAGAGCCUAGGAACGCCAAGUCUUUACCCAGAUUUGCAAAGAAGUUUAAUUACACGCUGAAGUCUCCGGGAGUCCGUCCAUCGAAUCCUCGGCAUCCGGGGUCAGGCACCCUGCGCGGGCAUCCCACGCCACUCCUGCAGGAGCCGCGUAAAAUCAGUUACAGCCGCAUCACGGAGAAUGAGGCUGAGAGCACGGCGUCGGCACCAAACUCCCCACGCACGCCCCUGACCCCACCACCGGCUUCAGCAGCAUCCAGCUCAACAGACGUCUGCAGUGUCUUUGGCGACUCUGACCCAGCGAGUCCGUUCAAUUCAAGCACUGAUACCAUAUUUUCCCCCGUCUCACUGGCCCAUGGCACAAGAUCGGCAUCAAUCUCCUCAAUAAUGAGUUGCAAUAAAAGUGUGGAUGAAGCUCACAUGCCCCCUCCUAUCCCACCCCGCAGGCGGCCCGAGUCAGCCCCAACAGAAUCGUCCCCCUCUAAGAUGAAGUCAAAACAUUUGGAUAGUCCACCCGCUAUCCCACCGCGGCAGCCCACGGCGAAGGUUUACUCCCCCCGGUACCCGCUGUCCGAGCGAUCAUCGGUUUCCGAGCCUCCGGACAGUCCUCCUUGCUUGCCUCCUCGCGAGCCUGUACGAACACCAGAUGUAUUCACAGGCUCGCCUCUGCCUCUGCAGCCCCCGCCCAUGGGACGGAAAGCUGAGCUGCCCAACACUUUCUUCCCCAACUCCCCUUCCCCCUUCACCCCGCCGCCCCCUCAGACGCCCUCGCCACUGGGAACUCGCAGGCAUUUGCCGUCCCCGCCUCUGCCACAGGAGGACAUUGGCGUCACAGCCGGGCCACCCGUUCCACCGAGACAGAGCUCCACAUCGCAAGCGAUUCCAAAACUUCCACCAAAAACGUACAAAAGGGAGCACACACACCCGUCAUUCCAUCGAGAGGGACCGGCCUUGCUGGAGAAUGCCCACUCUUCCUAGCUAUAACCGAUUCUCCUUAAACACUACAAACUCGUGGCUACCGCUGAGGUUGCACCUUGAGGAAGAGGGAGUAGGUGGCGAGCCAGGGGUGCAAGCUAAACGUUCUGGGCUGCAAGAAUACUGUUAGUGCUUGGACAGGAGUUUCCAUCCAUUUACCUUUUAAGUUUGCAUUCAGGCAGUGGAGAACGGAUUGGACAGUUACAUGUAAAAACUGAAGCAUGUUGACUUUCCCCACUAACUGAGAUGGAGUCGCCGUGAUGUUUUAUCAGCGACGAAGGGUGGCCUCAAUAUCAACUGGCCGGCAAGAGACUUGGAGCGAAACAGUGGUUUGCACCUUCAACUUAAAAUACAGGAUUGAUGUUUCACGUAAUCAUGCCUUGUUUCAUUUCUAGAAUUGCAUUUUUUUGGUACCUAGACGAUUGAGGAGAUACUAGCGCUGCAUAAUAAUAACUCUAAAAACUCUGAAAUGUGGGCACCUGCUACACCAAAGAAGCACAUUCUUUGUGAAAGUCGUUCAAGAACAAGUCCGACCAGAAAGAUUCUUCAAAACAAACGUAACAUCCAUCUCCACUAGACAACGGAAAACCCAGUCGUUCAAUUAUAUCACUGUAAGCUAACUGAAUUUAACCCAAUGCAGUAAAAUGUGGAAACUAGUAACUUCUGCAUUCACAUCUUCAAUGAACUCUGACAUAUUAUUCUCUUAAAUCCACAAUUAUUGACUUGAAUCCAAUGACUGCCCAUUUCAUAACAUCACAACAGGUUCUGAAAUUAUACGGAAGAAUGGAUCAGGAAAGUGCUUCUAGCACUGUUUUGCAAUGUAACAGUUUCAUUGGAAAGUGUAAGGAUCUGGAUUUAUUUCAAAAUAACCAGUCGCAAUUCUGUCUUGUAGCAUUGGCUGUGAUAAUGUUAAACUAUUUAUUCAGGUGGCCAAAUGUUCCCGUACCUUAAGUUGUGAUUGGAUAUUUAGGUAAAGAAGGUUGAAGCUUGGGCAGAACAUAUAUUUGUUGAUUCCUAAACAAGAGAAUAAAAUACAAUGAGGUUUGUAGAGGCAAGGUGCUUUUGAAGUAGCUUACUCUAUUUAAUGCGAGUCAGAUUGUGGAGUAGAUUUUGUGUUAACCACUGAUAAAAAAAGUAACAUUACAUUCAUGAUUCGGGCCUGGGUGGGGUGACCAUUAAUUCCUAACAAGGACAACUGAGCACCUACAUACUAUAGUACAUAAGUACAGUUUUAAGAGGAUAUCGUGAAACCAAAAUCCAUGUGAGAAUGAGAGAAGUUCAGAAAAAUAUACAAACACUCUGCAGCAUAGAUGGCUUUUUAUUGCUUUGUCCACUCUGAAAACCAAGUGAUUUAAUGGUGUAGUGGCUGUUCUUGGCCUCAUUCAGUAUCCUCUUGGAUUAGUAGAAAUGUUUCCUUUUAACUGUGCUGAAUGCACAGAUCGUCUCCUCACCUAAAAAAAUUAAUUGCCUCUGUUGGCUUAUCAUUAACAUUUUCAAAGCACAAACCUUUAUAAAUUAGUCAAAAUCAUCCAUUCUUAUUUGUUUUGAAAUCGGCUUCAUUUUCAUUAUUCUUCAAAACGAUCUUACUCUCCCAUGAAGGUGGUAACUAAUCUCUUCUACACAUCACAUGGCCUCAAAUGUUCAUUUAAUCCCUGCAUUUGUUUUCCCUUUGGUAUCCCAUUAAUUGCAUACAGAUCAAAAAGGGAAUGCUUGAUUUUUCACAAUGGGAACUAUUUCAGUUUAUUCACACAAUGGUCGAUACAGCAUGGGACUUAAUGUAAACCCAAACAGUGAACUCCGAUGUUUAUGUCCAGAUCUAAGCAAAAGGAAAAACAAAUGUUAUCUUCGUCUAAAAUUGGUGAUGUUAUGAUCUGGGUCACUCAAGGCUUCAUCCCAAUGUCUUACAUUGGUGUUUUGAAUAAAAUACACCUUAUGCAUGCUGACUUUCAAAUAAAUCACUUUAUUGCCUUUACAUUAAAUAAAUUCACCUAAACUUAAAUAUGCUGUACCUAAAUAGACUUCAUAAUGUAGGUUAUUAUGCUUUAAGCAAAAUAUUUCUGCAGCAUAUAUGGGGCAGGCAAACAUCAUUAAAAUGCUCUAAUUUUAUUAAGCACUUAGACAUACCAAUGGCUAAUUUUUGUUCAGUUAACCUACUGAUAGGGCUGCCAGAUCUAAACUGUUAUGGGCAUUUUGCAGUAUCCAGCCCUAAAAAAAGGCUUAAUUGGCAUUAAAUAAAAUUGUUUUUGGAACAAGAGUGCAGUUUGUGGUGUUUUCAUUGAGUCAGUAAAUUUGAGAAAAUGCUGGAGGGCUGGAAGAGGCCUGGGUGUAAAAUGUAAAAUGAAAUUCAUCACAAAUUUGAUACAUACACAAUUUUAUGAACCGUGAGCUAAACAAGUCAUAAACUACUGAAUCCUUGUUAGCAUGAUAUUAAAGCAUUAAUACUGUGUAAUGGAAAUAUCCUGAAGUCCAUUUAAUCCAACAGUUUUGGAUGUAAAAUAUUUUUUGCUUCAUAAAUGCCAAUGUCAUUGCGACUCCCUCUGCAUAUUAUCUCUGGGUCAAGAUUUGACAUAUCUGUUUGCCAGUUGAUAUGUUUCUCUUAACCAUGCGGGAUGCUUAUUGGAUCUUAUAACUCUGGCAGCACACUUAAACCACUUGAGGAUUAUAUGCAUGCGAUUUUCAGUUUCACAAUGGUCGCACUGUGAAAGGCAGUGAGUGCGCAGAAAGCUGAACUUGGGGAAUAAUUUUAAAUGCAUUCAAAGGGAGACUUCAAUAGAAAAACAAGUAUACAAGCAGUGAAAUAUUGCUUAUCAGUUGCUUUCAUUUUCAGGGUUACAUACCAGUUGGAAAUCACCAUUGUGCCAAUGUGCGGUUCAGUUUUUAUGGUUAAUAGCAAGUGGCUGUGGUUGGGCGAAUGAGCGAAAGCACUUGGGAAAUAUGGUGAAGGAGUCUAUGGGCUGGAAUCCAUAGCUGUUAUCUAGAUUGAUGAAACACUUUCCCUUUCUGUACAUCUUGUGUAGAUAGUUGAUAUUGACCUUAUGAAAGUUGCAUUAAUUACAUGUCAUUCAAUGCAGUAAAAGACUGUUAAGAUAAAUACAUAUUUGUUCUUUUAACAAAACCUAUUUGGUUAUAAUUUUUUUCUAUACUGAUAAUUUUUAUUUUAGGUUUUGUAUUUGAUGACCGCAUAAGGCAGGGAAAAACAGGAUUUUAUUUUGUACAAAAAAGAUCGGCCAACUACAUAGAUCUGCAAAGGUACAGGGUAAUUGGUAGGAGAUAGAUCAUUUAGCCAUUGAGCUUAUUCCACCAUUCACCAGAUCACAGUUGAUCUGUACCUCUGCUUCAAUUACCUGCUGCUCCGUGUUCCCUCGAGGGAUUGUAAACUGAAUGAACCUUCCUUCAUAGAAGAAGAAAUUGCAGCAAAUCACUGCAGCAAGGCUGGUGACCCUUGAUGCUGACAAAAUCUCUUUCACCCUGUGUAAUUUGCUUUGGUUUAAAUGAAGUAACCUGUGACUGGAUGUGUAUUAAUGCGCACUGUACUGUUGGUGCCAGGCGCAUGUCAGUUUUAGUAGCUGCCAAAUGUGCCUUUAUAUUACAUCUCCAUUUUCUUUCCUGACCUUUUUUGAGCUAAUUUUUUUCUUAAUCUAUUACUUUCUUAAUUUUGAACCAAGUUGAAGUUUGUAUUUCUAAUUAGGUGCAUCAGAAGACAAGCCUUUCGGCUCCAAACAUAAAAUGUACAUAUUGGUGGUAAAAAAUAAUUAUGUAUAUAUGUAACUUGUUUUAAUGGCAUGGUUAUUUGCAGCUUUGAUUAUAUGUAAAGAUUAGAUGAAGUUGACUAGAUUUAAGAACAAAGCGAUAAUCUUUUCUGACACAUCUAAUGUGACCUGUGUACUUUAACCAUGUCUGUAGAAUUUAGUAUUCUGCGUUAGAAAUAACAGUGUUGAUUUUGUAUUUAAGUAUAAUAAUUGCUAUCUUUUCCCUUGGAUUGAUUACACCAAGAGGUAGUCAUAAAGAAUGGGAGCAAGUAUAUGAUGGCUUAGCAAUGUUUGACAUACAACAUAGGAGCCAGGGAAAAUAUACACGAGAACAUAAAAUUGUUUUUGCCUUAUGAACUCUCAUCCAAAGUAUAUUUGACUGACGUAUUUUUAAUGUGUUGAACCAGGAUGUUCUGUUUCGUUUCUUGGGGCAGUUCUUUUUUUAAAUCUUAAGUCUUAUUAUUUUUCAACUGGUAUGUAAAUCCUAGAAUGCUUUGCAAUGGGACUUUCUGCAGUUGUCUGAUUUUUGCGUGUAAUUGGGUUUUGUUCUUUUGAAAUGGUUAUGUUAAAUUUCCAGGUAUCAAAUGUUCUGUUUUUCCUUUUUAUUUAUAUUUUAAAAAACUGUAUAUUAAAAGUCUUUGAAACUUGUUA